UUAAGAAACAGUCAUCGAAUUACGUACACAUGUAGGCAUAAAGAAGAUCAAAGUGAUUAAGUUUUGUACUUUUGCCAAAACUGACACAAGAGUGGUCAGGCAUUUGACAGAAUUGGACUACAAUUUGUGUUUUUGGACGGACAACUCAUUAUUCUAAAAAUAGCCUACUUUCGUUUUGUAAAGUUCGAGAGAUAACGAUCGGUAACGGAAAUUUCCGAAGUACGGGCGGAAAUUGCCGAAUGAAUGUUUAGAAUGGCGGAUGAGUAAUCUCAGACAAAGAUGCAUCGAAAUUAUGUCUUUUUUGCUGUUUUGCGAUACUUAAGCCAUGAGUUCAACUGACCAGUCAGGAGAUUCAGCUAGUGACCGCGAUGUGGACUACUUUUUUAGACCAGGAGGUAGAAGAACGGAGGGGUUAAAGGCCGCCGACAUUGUCCCGAUCCUGCGGGAAAGGGUCGCCUAUCUCUCAGGAGGUCGAGACAAGCGUGGGGGCCCAAUCCUAACCUUCCCCUCCUGCACCCACCCUGAGAGACUCAAAUAUGAAGACCUGCGACGGCUCAUGACAUAUCUCGCAAGCGUACCAAGUGACGAUGUGCGAGAGAAAGGGUUUACGAUCAUAUUGGACAUGCGGGGCUCAACAUGGCAGAGUGUCAAACCGGUUCUAAAGGCACUUCAGGAGUGUUUUCCUGGCAACAUCAACAUAGCAUUUAUCAUCAAGCCAGAGAAAUUCUGGGAAAAGCAGCGGACAAGUCUUGGAAGCUCCAAGUAUAACUUUGAGACCCACAUGAUAUCUGUGGACAACCUGAACAAGGCCGUAGAGAGGACACAACUCACGCGAGAGUUUGAUGGCACGCUUGAUUAUGACCAUGAACAAUGGAUCAAGCUUAGACUGAUGUUGGAGGAAUUUAUCUGGAAAGCCUUGGACCUGUUGGACAAACUUGACGAGCUGAGUGGAAUUCUUACGAACCCUGACCUCCCCGUCGACCUUGCAGAGGCCCAGCGCCGUCUAGAGGAACACAACCACCUGAAGAAGCGGGUUACUAUGGCACCCGUGGAACAGCUGGGGAGGGAGGGCCAGUGUAUACUGUACAGCAUCACUGGGGAGGGCCUCGAACAAGCAGGUGUUAGUGUGCGUUUUGUGAUAUCGGGCAAUGCAGACUUCCAAAGUGCAGUACCCCAGAUUUCACAACUUCUGGAGAACCUCCACUCCACAAAACUGCAUCUGAACCAACUAUGGACUGUGAAGAGGUCUCGCCUUGAACACUGCUUACAGCUGAAGAUAUUUGAGGAUGAUGUAGAAAAGAUGUUCAACUGGAUCUAUCACAACCGGGACAUGUUCCUGGUGAACUAUACAGAGAUCGGAAUGUCACACCAGUUUGCUGUAGAGUUGGAGAAUGAACAUAGCCAAUUCGCCAACAGCGCUGUGAAUGUGUACGUAAACAUCACCCGUAUCCUGAGUAUGGCUCAGCGUCUGUGUGAUGCGGGUCACUACGCCCAAAACUCCAUCCGUAUCCAGGCUGCCAAGCUAGAGCGCGAGUGGAAGAGUCUGGCCGCCGCCCUGGAUGAUCGCAGCACAGUUCUCAGCAUGUCUGUCAUGUUUCACAAGAAGGCUGAGACUUACCUGGCUCAAGUGAUUGGAUGGCGACAGGCGUGUGAGAGCCCUGCAAUACCGACCUCCAUUGAGGAGCUUGAAGACGCGUUACAAAAACACCAGUCCUUGAUAGAAACCAUCAGCCAGGCGUACGCUGAGGUCUGUGGUGACGGGAAAGCUCUGCUAGACACCCUACAGACACCAGUCUCUUCAGGUAGCUCCAACUCCCUCACCGCCAAGGCAGACUACUCCGAAGCUGCUGGCCAUGUGUUAGAUGUUGUUCAUGAGGUGUUGGCCCACCAAAGACACCUGGAGCAGUUAUGGCAGGGAAAGAAGGUCAAACUACACCAAAGAUUGGGACUGAGAUUGUUCCAGCAAGAUGUCAAACAGGUGAUAGACUGGUUGGAUCACCAUGGUGACAUAUUCCUGAAAAAGAACAAUUCCAUCGGGCGGAGCCUUCAGCGGUCUCGGGCUCUACAAAAAAGCCAUGAACACUUCGAGUCUGUUGCCAAGAACACCAUUACAAAUGCUGAAAAACUACUAGCAGCAGCAGACGAGCUCGCCCAGACGGGGGAAUGUAACCCAAAGGAAAUCUAUAAUGAGGCUCACGAAUUGGAAGAACGAAUGUCCUCAUUCCUGGCAGCUCUCGCGCGUCGACGGUCAGCACUCGACAUGACCGUGUCCUUUCACUCGCAUGUUCAUGCGCUGACCUGCUGGCUGGAAGAACUUCAGAGUGAGUUACAGAGUUCCGAGAUAGCUGAUACCUUCGAGGGUGCCGAACAGCUUAUCGCCCAGUUUAACCAACAAAGGGACACAACUCUGGAUGCUGCCAUGAACACAGUCGGGGAGGGAGAAAAUCUCCUGGAACAGCUCAGGCUUUUCAAUGUGGACCCAGAGAUAGCAAACCAGAACAGCGACUACUCGCACAUUGAAAGCACUCUACGCCAGCUAAACGAGAGUCGCUCGGAGCUUGAGGAAUUAUGGGCCGCCCGUAAACUGAAGCUCGAUCUGUGUCUACAGCUUCGCCUGUUCGAGAGAGAUGCCCUUGAGGUGUCAUCCCAGCUGGAGUUGUGGGCGGAGGAACUGCAGCACCAGGAGCUGGUAACCGACGGCAACAAGGCAGAACAGAUGCUCGUCAUGCAUAAUGAGAGUGUUUUACAUAUGCAGAACUGCACAUUCGAGGUCUUACAAAGGGGCCAGGAACUUUCACAGCUAUUUGAGACCACCGGUGUACAACUGAUGGCGGACUCGCAUUACGACGCGCCAACUCGGAUACAGGAACUUCUAGAAUACCUGCAUGAACGAGAGGUUGACCUAGAAACACUGGCUGACUCCAAACGUAGCCGCCUAGAACAGUGUGUACAGCUGCGGAACUUUGAAGUGGAGGCCAGACAGGUGAUAUCAUGGAUCCGUAAUGGUGAAAACAUGUUGACCGGCACAUUCAUGUGUCCCAACACACUCAUGGAGGCUGAACAACUGAAAAAGGAACAAGACCAGUUCAUGAAUGCCAUUGAGAAAACCCACUAUAGUGUGGUGCAAGUCAUACAGAAGGCAGAGGUCAUGAUCAGCACCCAGCACUACAACUCUGACCUUGUACGAGCGAUAGCUGAGAAUGUGACCCUGGCCUGGAACCAGCUGCGGAACCACUCUGAAGAGCGACACAAACUUGUAAUGGCUUCCAUGACAUGGUACAAGACUGCCGAACAGGUGUGGUCGGUGUUAGAGAGCCUGGAUAGAGACUACAAGAGGGAUGAGGACUGGUGUGGCACUGAGAGGACCGCCGUUGCUGAUAAGCCCAGCUUUAUGGUUCAGCUUAUUAACAAGCACAAUGAACAAAAAGAGGCAUUUCUUAAGGCGUGUACGCUAGCCAGACGGACAGCAGAGAGCUUCUUAAAGUAUGUCAACCGGAACCUUCACACCCUCGGCAUGCAGAUGAAAUUCAGAAGCACUGAAGCUCAUGUGAAAAAGACACUGGACUCGCUGCUACAACAGGAGAAUAAUGUAAUAGAGUUCUGGACCGUGAAAAAGAAGAAGCUGGAACAGUGUCACCAGUAUGUUCUCUUCGAACAGAGCGCAAAGCAGGUACUUGAGUGGAUCAAAGACUAUGGGGAGUCCUAUCUUAGCACCCAUCAGAAACUGGGCUCCACCCAACAAGAGACUGAAGCACUUCUACAAGAGCAUCAUGACUUCCGGGCGAGGGCUAAGGAAAACAAAGAGAAUGUCAAGCUCCUGCUCUCAUUGGCCGAGGGGUUUGUUGCCAAGGGUAACAUGCAUGCCAACAAUAUCAGAGCAUGGUGCUCUGCAGUGGACAAGCGCUAUAAGGAGUUCUCUGUGCGGAUGGAGAAAUACCGCACCAAACUGGAACAGACUCUCGGGGUUCACCGCGAGGAAGAGCCGCAGAAGGAGGAAGACACCCAGAGACACAGUGACUCGUCAUUGGAGGAGAAGGUGUUUAAACAAGCACCCAAGGAGUUGACGGAGGAAAAACGCCGAUCUGCUCGCAGGCGAGAGUUUAUCAUGGCCGAGCUGCUGCACACAGAGAGGACAUAUGUGAAUGACUUGGAGACUAGUAUUAAGUGUUACUUGAAUGAGAUGCAAGAUCCGGACAACUUCAUGCCAACAGGGAUACAAAACAAACACAAGAUUAUCUUUGGUAACAUGGAGGAAAUCCAUGAAUUUCAUAAGAACGUGUUUUUGAAGGAGCUGGAGAAGUAUGAAACUAUGCCAGAAGAUAUCGGCCAUUGCUUCGUCACAUGGGCGGAGAGGUUCUCCAUCUAUGUGACCUACUGCAAGAAUAAACCCGACUCCAACCAGAUGCUGGUGGACCAUGCAGGCUCCUUCUUCGAGGAGAUGCAGAAAAAACACCAACUCAAUGAACCAGUCGCCUCCUAUCUGAUUAAACCAGUCCAGAGGGUUACGAAGUACCAAUUGUUGCUGAAGGACCUGUUGUCAUGCUGUGAGGGGCACACAGGGGAAAUCAAGGAUGCGCUGGAAGUGAUGCUAAAUGUACCAAAAAAAGCGAACGAUGCGAUGCACCUCAGUAUGUUAGAGGGUCUGGAAGAUUCCCUUGAGGCCCUCGGUGAGGUCAUACUGCAGGAAAACUUCACGGUGUGGGACCCUAAACAGCUGAUUAAGAAGGGCCGGGAGCGACAUAUCUUCCUGUUUGAUAUGUGCCUCAUAUUCGCCAAAGAGUCCAAGGACAGCAAUGGAAAGACAAAGUAUAUGUACAAGUUUAAGCUGAUGAUAUCUGAAGUGAACAUCACAGAACACAUAGAGGGGGAUGCCACGAAGUUUGCCCUGUGGACGGGUCGGGCGCCGAUAUCAGAGUACAAGAUCGUCCUAAAGGCUCAGACACUUGAUGUUAAACAGGUGUGGGUGAAGAAACUACGAGAGUUGAUCCAGGAGCGUAUGAUGUACAUCCAUGAGGCGUUCAGAGACAAACAGCCCGUGGUGUUCAAGGCCCCGCCCAAGAUCAGCAUGCCCAGGAUUCACAGGGACCUGGAGAGUGACUAUGAUGAGCUCCCAAUGGGCCGCUGUGGCUCCCUGAGCAGUGUGAACUCCACCACCACCACCAACACCACUGAUAGCAGCAGCAGCAACAAGAGUGAUGUGACUAUCGUGGUCGAUGACUUUGCUGCAAGUAACAACACAGAAUUAACGGUCCAUCGAGGUCAGCAGGUAGAGGUCAUUGACCUGUCACCUGGGCAACCAAACUGGUGCUACGUGCGUACACUCCAGGGGGAGGGGCUUGACACCGAACAGGGGCUUGUUCCAACAGCAACACUCAAACCAAUACCUCGUCUCCUAGGGCCUGGGUCAAGGUCAAGUCAGGAGUUUGAAGACUCGAUGGAGCCAAGCCCUCAUUCUUCGUUGGCAAAUAUGAACUCUUCUCCCGUAGUAAAACGUCGCAGCAGCAGCAGCAGCUUCAGGAAAUGGCUGACAAACCCAGUGCGGAAGUUGAGCACAAAUAAAUUAGAAAAAGACGGGCAGCGUGUUGAGUACAUGGACCGGCAGAUGGUUGGACACUUGGGUGCAGGGCGGGAGAACGCUGACAGUACCUUGGGUGACGACCAGAUCAUCACAAGCCCUGAGGUCACGACCUUUCAACCCCGCCAGCCCCGCCCACCGGGGCCUGACACUGAAGACCUGCUGGAGCCCGCGCCCGAUAUCGAGAUCCCGCCGCCCAUGCCCGUACAGGACCAGACCCACAUGCUCAGUCUCGGCAAAACCGAUACAGAUAACAACAUCGCAGAGAAAAUUGCCUCCACUCUUUCUCUGAAACCUCAGACCGACCACUCGGUUGAUUUAGCAAACGAAAUAGAACACCUUGCCAAGCUUAGAAUGCAAUCGGACACCAUCUCCAUCGACAAAGGUCAGGGGUCAGACUCAGGCGGGGAGGAGGAUAAGGAAACAGAACAGGAAAAAUACCUCCAGAAACGACAUUAUGUGAUACAAGAGCUGAUAGAAACAGAGCAAGAUUACGUGAAGGACCUCGGUGGUGUUAUAGAGGGAUACAAGGCUUAUAUAGAUGAAUGUGAUUUACCCGACGACAUGCGAGAGAAGUGCAAGAUCGUCUUCGGCAACAUUCACCAAAUAUAUGAUUUCCACAAAGAGACGUUUUCUGAAGAACUACAGAAAUGUGCGGCAGACCCUGAAAGAUUGGCGGGGCUCUUCCUCAGAUAUGAGAGGCGACUUGGAAUGUAUGUGAAGUACUGCGAGAACAAACCCAAAUCUGAAUACAUCGUGUCCGAAUAUAUCGACAUCUUCUUCGAGGAGAUCCGUCAGAAGCUGGGUCACAGACUGAACCUUGCAGACCUGCUGAUUAAACCAGUCCAGCGAAUCAUGAAAUACCAGCUCAUACUCAAGGACAUCCUGAAGUACACAGAGAGAGCGGAGCUGGAUGUGACGACCUUGAAGAAAGCCUACAAGGUGAUGUGUAUCGUACCCAAGGACGCCAACGAUAUGAUGCAGUUUGGACGGUUACAGGGUUACGAUGGUAAAAUUACUGCUGUUGGAAAAUUACUGCUACAAGGCACGUUGUCCGUUUCUGAAUUUCCGAGUUCGACGGGGCCCAAAGGGGGACAACUGAAGUUUAAGGAGCGAAGAGUGUUCCUGUUUGAACAGAUAAUACUCUUCAGUGAAAUGACUGAGAAGAAGCGGGGAAAUAUGGUCAGCGAAUACUACCUGUUCAAGAACAGUCUCAAGGUAAACAAGAUGUCGAUGACAGACAACGUGGACAAUGAAACCACGCGAUUCAUGCUGCGCGAUCAGACGCCCGGAACAGAUAUGAAGUUUGUUAUUCAGGCCCCGUCCGAGGAUGUGAAAAACACGUGGGUGUCGGCUAUUCAGCGUAUACUUGAAAUGCAGGGGGAUUUCCUCAGAGCUCUGCAGUCCCCGAUAGCAUUCUACAAUAAAGAAAAAGAACUUACGAAGGAAUUCGGUGGAAAUGAUUUGUCUUUGGAGUCAGCUCCGGAAUUGGGCAAUGCCAGCAAGGAUGGACAACUCCGCAAGACCAACUCCCAACCUCAGCCUUCCAGGGGCACUAACUCUGCACAGGGCAGUUUAAAGGGUCGUAACCUGGAGGACGCACACAAUAAACACUUCCGCUGCAAGUCCGUGCCCACACCUUUAAACGAGGUCGUAAAUACGGGAAAAGACGAUGCAGCGGUCGCAGCGGCCAUAUUGGCGGGAGUGAAAAACGGGAAAUCAACGCUUGGCAGUGGGCAGGAAUCAUCCUGUCCAGACUCCCCGACAGAGUGUUCAAACAAUCUUUCAGACAGCGCGAAUAAAAUGUCUAGUUCAAAUUCUAAUCAAAGUGCAGUGGAUUCUCUAUCAAAGUCAAAAGGUGUGAAAAGUACUGGUCAAAAAUCAAACAUGGGAGUGACAAAGGAAGAUCCCAGUUAUGCAAAUUCGACUGAUCCCUCGGACAAUGGGUCCGGAAGUUCCCUUGCACAGACCUCAAAAUCAAACAACAACGGCAGUGAAGGGUUAGAAAAUGAACAGAACUCGCUGAUAGAAUCUGGAACGAUCGCCGUUGGGCGCGUCUUGUUCACCUACAACGCCAUCAGAGAGGACGAGAUCUCCGUCAAUAAAGGUGAGACAGUUCACGUGCUAGGAACGAACCAGUACAACAUGUUCCUGAUACACCGGCCAGCCAAUGACGUUUCGCCGGCCGCCGAGGGGGUCGUGCCUUUAUACGUUAUCGGACCCAAGGAAGGGGAUCCCUCGUUCAAACGGAACACAUGGCAGUUGUUCAAGCAACUCCGGACGCCGCCCGCCUCCCUGGACAGGUUUGAAUGGAACGGGAUGAGCAGCUUUGAGAGCCGGAGCAAAACUCUGCCCCUCACCAAGGAUAGCAGAAACAAGGCGGGCAGUCAGGAGUUCUUGUUUGAGAUGUCUCCCAGCGUGGUGACUCCCCUGUCCAGUUUUACAGUUCAGGCGGGUGAGAGCGCCGUGUUCACAUGUCGGAUAUGCGGUCGCCCGCGCCCUAACGUCACCUGGACGUUUAACAGCAACAUUUCUGUGGUACCGGACCACCGGACAAUCACGGCGUACAGGGAAGAUGGCGUUGUUACUCUGCAGAUCUCCCAGGUGACAGCGGCGGACAGCGGGGAGUACACGUGCGUUGCAAAUAGCGACAUCGGCGGAGUCGUCACCAGGGCGACGCUCACUGUGCUGGACCGUCCCGACCCUCCCUCCAAACCGGACAUGAAGACGCAGGUGGGAACUUCCGUCCACCUGGAGUGGCGCCCGCCUUCCACCGUAUCCUGCGGACAGAUACAGGGCUACACAAUAGAGUUUAAUGAGGUCGGUCUGGAUUACUGGCAGGCUGGGAUCCCCUACGUGCCCACCACAUCCCAGGUGAUAGGAGACCUCUCCCCUGGGGCCAUAUACCAGUUUAGGGUUCGGGCCAAUAACACAAUCGGUAUGAGCGACCACAGCAUCCCCUCCGACUUCGUCGCCAUACCAACUGAGUCAGAACUGACGGAGAACGCUGACGGCAACUUUACCACGUGGAAAACCACAUAUGAGAAUGACUUCACUGAACUCGAGGAGCUGGAAAGGGGUCGGUUCUCAAUUGUUAAGAAAACGUCUCAGAACUGCUCCGGCCAACAUUUUGCCGCCAAAUACAUAAAGAAGCGCGGCACGUGCAAGGCGCUCGUGGAGACAGAAUACAACACCGUACAGAGUCUGCAGCAUCCGGGCAUCGUCCGCGUGCAUGACUUGUACGAAACGCCUGACCACUAUCUUCUGAUAAUGCAGCUGCUUCCACAGGGCCGGUUGUUUGAGUACAUCUGCACUACCUCCCACUUUGACGAGCUGCACGCUGCGGACUUUACCAACCAGCUUCUGGAGGCAAUACAGUACCUACAUAACUGCAGGAUUGCUCACUUAGAUAUUAAGCCGGAGAACCUGCUACUAGACAUCAGCAACUCGGUUGCAAUGGUGAAGCUGACGGACUUCGGUGACGCUCGGCACAUCUACAACAACUACUAUGUGCACGCGGCUUCCGGUGACCCAGAGUUCCUCGCACCGGAAAUAGUCGCCGGCACGCCCGUCGGUCUUCUGUCAGAUAUAUGGGCGGUGGGUGUGGUACUGUACGUCAUGCUGAGCGGCGUGUCCCCGUUUUUAGACGAAAGCGAAGAAGAAACUUGCUCGAACAUUCUGAGGACCGACUUUUGCUUUCCCGACGAGUUCUUCGCCGGCGUCACAGCUGAGGCAAAGGAGUUUAUAAAGACGCUGCUUGUAGAUGACAUGGGAAAGCGGCCCACCGCGCAUACGUGUCUUGACUCCGCCUGGCUGAAGAGGGCGGCGCUUCACAGAAGCAACCAGAUUAGGCCCCGCCCUAUCUCCACCGCCCGUCUUGCUCAUUUCCUGGACAGAAGGCGACACCUGGUUUUGGCCACAUCUUGAUAAGAAGCGACGUUGGUGCAUCUGACGAAAGACAUAUAUCUCAAUUCUUUAUAAUGACUUUGUGUGUAUAUAAGGUGUCUUUCAGCAGCCUUUUCUCACCUAUUCCGUUACCUCAACAUGUAUAAGACCAGGUCCCAGUGACUCGAACAUACUCAAGUAAUUUAUCUUUACUAAUCUCGACAUUUUUUACAACUUAACAGCGAAACAUGGGAAAAACAAUGAAAUGUUUUUUUCUCUGUCAGAAUUAAACUUAUGAAUUAUUUUUACUGUAUAUAGACUUGUUUGGAGAAACAGAAAUGCACAAAAUAUGUUUAAGGGCUAGAAAUGAUCUUGCCAAUGAGUAAUAACUCACACAUUUAAAGCUGUACUCAACUGUUACAGAUUGUUCUUCAUUAAUAAUCAAGUUAUGAAAGGAAAUACUCGCACAAUUAAAAUAAUUAAUAAAGCAAUUAUAUGGAAUAACUAGAUUGUAUUUGAUUUUUGUUCACAUUAUACUCGGGUUUUUUUCAAAAAAGCUUGAGAAUUUUCGAGAGACUGGGGCUAGAUUUGUGUAUAUUCUUCAAAACCAUACUGGACCCCUUAAGUGAAGCUAAAAUCCGUUUAUAAUUCCGAUUGUUCGAGCUGUAGGUGCUUCAGUGCUUGUGUAUACUUUCAAUGACUUGGAUUGUGAGUGCAGGCCCGAAAAUAUAAUAAUUUGUAAUAAUUAAUAGAAAGUCUUUUGAAUACGGCCUAGCUUUAAGUUUGAUUGAAUUAUAACAAGGCUCAUGCACUCAAAGCAAAUGUUAACUGAAGUACGACUCUCUUUAAAGAGACGCCCAUACACUAAGCCUUCUUGUCAUACGUUUUGUAUUAAACGCCCAAAAUAAUUUAUUUCGCCGAUUAUUUCCUUUGUACUGAACAUUUUGCAAUUUAUUUUCAAACUCACAGUGUAUUUCUUCCUAACAAAGCCAUAAGCUUACACUCAUUCUAUGAUGUAUUUAUCAAUUGUGCUUGCAUGACGCUGGGCUUUAUGUAUUCGAUGUACAAUAAUGUGACGUUUACAUGUCUGGUGGGCCAAUAUUAUUUUGGUAUUAUCUGAAAAAGGUUUAAAGGGACUAAACACCAAAUGAUACAAUUGCAAGAAAAAAAUAAAUUGUAAACAUCUUACAUAUAAUUGAUAUCGUUGUGUUCAACGCAUUGAAUCUUUCUUAUUGAUUAUCGCAUCGCUAACGACACAUGUUUCUCCCACCUCAGAUAAGUAGAUCCAAUAAUUUAACCAUGCUAGAUAUUCUUAUCUUGCCCACGGGCGAAGAUAAAAUGCCCGUAUGGAACUCCUUUUUAACGGUCACCACAAUAUAAUUAUCUCCCUUGUUGAAGACUAAUUCGUAUUUACAAUAACAGGCUUGUUUUGAGGACAUACUGUGUUUGCUGAUUUUGGAACCAUCUGGUGUCUAGUUCCUUUAAUGUGUAGAGAAAGAAUAUGUAAAUAUAACACUGAUACAAAUACUGCAAGCUUGAAAGAUUGAAAAAGCGGCCACAUCACUUCCGAUUUCAGUUGAAAUAAAGCACAAAAAACAAACUGCCAUUACUUGACACUACGGCGAAACUUGGCGUUUGCCCAUUGCCACUUAACCGGUUUUAUGUUUAAACGUUUUGCUACUGAGCAUGUUUCUGUAACCUUUUGCAUAAAUAUUUAUAUGUAAUGUAGUUUCGAUUAUUUAUUUUAUAAAUUGGUAAUCAGUUGGGAAUAAUAUUUCAAAUGAGACAAAACUUAUAAAGGGACUUUGUACUAAUCUCCUAGAGAUAAAUACAAAAUGAAUUCUAAACAAUGUUAAUUUACAUGAUGGCGGACAUGAUACCAUUCAUAACCGUCGACACUUUUUUAUUUAAGGUUACGCUAUACUAUUAGUGGAGUUACGUCCAGGCUUACACUCAAUGGCAUAAUCAAACCAAAAUAUCUUUUGUACAUCGGAUACCUUCAGCUGAAGCGACACUUGUAUACUGCAUUUCUCACAUAAAUAUAGAACAGAUACCUAAAUUAUGGAUUUUGGUAUUUUAGAGGAAUAUUUUGAAGAAAUGUACAGUAUGUGUUAGAGAAAUAUACAGUUAUAUGUUAAAGAAAAAUAAAUAAUGUGUUGAAGUAAUAUACAGUUAAAUAUUAAAGAUAUAUAAAUUAUGUGUUGAAAAAAUAUACAGUUAUAUGUUAAAGAAAUAUACAGUAUGCGUUGAUUAUGUGUUAAAGAACGUUAUGUGUUGAAAAAAUACACAGUUAUCAGUUUAAAAAUACACAAUAAUAAGUUGCAUAAUUACACAUUAAUGUGUUGAAGAAAUUUACAUUUAUGCCUUGAUUUUUUUUAUUAAUGUGUUGGAAGACGAAUUCAUUUAUAAAUCAGCAGUGUGUCACAAGCCACUAACGGUAACGCUGACACAGAGGUGAUAAGUGAAGUGGUCGUGUUCGCUUUUCACACAACAGGGCGUGGGUUCCAGCCUCACUAGGUUGAGAGAGGUCUAGUGAUAUAAGUGUCCGCCUCUCACCCAAGAGGACGUGGGUUCGAUUCCAAAUAUGGUUCAAAUCAGCUAUCAACUGUCUUCAAUCGAACUUAAAACAUUGGUUUAAGUUUUCUGAUCAUAGUUGAAGGAAAUGAUAUCAUGAUAUUGACGGAUUCUGCCCUACAUUUAUUGUUAGAGAAAUAACAGAAACAAUAUUCCCAUAUUUAGUGAUACUGGUUGUCCAGAACUCGGUAUUUUGUUUGUGUUCUCAUUGAUAAAUCAUUUACCUUUCCGCUGUUGGUAAGACUUAAACAUUUAGAUAUACUUGAUGCCAAUAUAGCUAUUUAAAUAGAGUAUAAAUGUACAAACUAUUUAGAAUGAAUAUGGGGUGCGUUGCUUAAAGCAGUUGGCUGACAAGUAAAAAAAAGGACAAAAAAAAAGACAAAACAAACAAUAUUAAAAGAACAGAAAAUGCUCAGCCCCACCUCGAACAUGUCCAAGUAGUUUUAGGUCAUGCUAUGGUGCAAAGUUUCAAUACAACGAUACAAAGCCGAAGAUCGCUCUCAACGAAAAAGCAACGUUCUAGCCACAGAAGGUUACGGAGGGAACACAUGUAUAAUUUGUGACACUGAUACACUUUCUAGAAUGUAUCAUUUAAAUUUAUAUAGAAAUGUAGUUUGUGGUAAUUACAAUAUUUAAAACAAAGUUUUCCUGUGAAAAACAAGUUUCAUUAUAUUUACUUGUAAAUUUGCAUUUUUGUCAUUGAUAUCAUUAUCACAUUUCUGCUGUGUAUUUAAAUUGACAUUUCUUUUUAUUUUCUAUAAACGCUUGAUGAAUAUAGCCUUUAUGAAAAUGUAUUUGAUUCCGACAUUGACUCUUUGCAAGUAUUUUUUCACUAUUUAUUGCUAGUUCAAAUACUGUUUGCUUGUACUUGACUGUGUAUAUAGACUUGUAUUUAUAAUAAUAAACAAAACAGAUUCAGA